CGCGAAAGUGGCGAUCUCGUCGGCCAGCCGUCGCCUUCUCCGUGUCGGCUCUUUCCCCUUAACCAAGAAACCGCCCCAGCUUUCUUCUAUUAAGCGCGAAUUCUAGGGUUCCACUUCUCCUCAAAGGCGAGAUCCAGCUUCGAUCGGAGGUGGAUGAACGAAAUCAUGGGCUCGGAGCAGGCGGUGAUGGAGGAGUUGCAGGCGCUGCAGAGGAAGCUCGGGAAGAAACAAUCGUUCGAGGAGGCGGUCUCCUCCAUCGCAUCCCUCGUCCGCAGUCGAUACCCCUCCGCUUCCCCAUCCCUCCGCAAAUCGAUGUAUUCUACAGUUUGCCGAGUUGCAACUGUUCUUCAGACUAGGUAUACAGCACCUGGAUUCUGGCUUCUUGGCCUAAGGCUUUUUGAAGAAGUGGAGAACCUAGUUACUGAGCCGUCUGAAAAGCAAAAUAUGACAAAAUGCAUUGCCAGAGCACAGGAGAAUCUAAAUGAGAUGGAAACAGAAGUUACAUUGUCAGACAGGAGAACCACUGAAUCUAGAUAUCUUUUUGAAGGGCAUCUGACUGUGGAUCCUGAACCAGCACUUCCUGCAUGGCUUGUAGCACAGAACUUGCUUACUACUCUUGCUGUUGCUCAAGAUUGGGCUUCUGUAUCUGAAUCUUCUAGAGGUCAGGAGGAAAACAGUAAUACAACUGAAAGUGCUAGAGGGGAUGAACUUCCUGGUUCUGUCAGAGAGUUAAUAAACAAUAUGCAAGAGAUAGGUGGUUUUCUGGACCUCGAUAAUGCCAUUGAAGCUUCUUUACAAGAAAUUGGUGCUGGGCCGCAGAGACCACCACCUGCUUCAAAAGAAGUCGUUGCUAAUCUACCUGUUGUUACUGUGACCGAAGAAAUCAUGGCUAGGUUAGGCAGCGAAACAGAGUGUGCAGUUUGCCGGGAGAACUUGGCCAUAGGGGACAAAAUGCAGGAGUUACCUUGCAAGCAUCUGUUCCAUCCACCUUGUUUGAAACCAUGGCUGGACGAACACAACUCCUGUCCGAUAUGUAGACAUGAGCUGCGUACGGAUGAUCAUGCAUAUGAGAGCUGGAAAGAGAGGGAAAGGGAGGCUGAGGAAGAGCGGAAAGGCGCUGCAAAUGCUCUACGAGGAGGUGAAUUUAUGUAUGUUUGAUUUGUCUUCACCAAAGGAGUACUCUGCUCUUUGUAUUAAAUGUUUUACGACUUAUUUUGGACUUGCAACAGCUUUAUUAGUGCAAAUAAGAAAAUAGAGGGACAAAGUUAGAUCGAAAUUCAAUUAGAGACUUGUAUGAGUAGGUUCAUGUAAUGUUUCUUUCUCUUUCUCCAGUUUACCAACAAGUCAAGAUGUGUGAAACAUUGAUGUUUGUACAUGUUAUAUACUCUGCACCGGUAAUAAUUGUGUUCAA